CUAAUAUUUUUCAACCCUUUGGGCUGUUUCGGCCAGGCCACUAACAGACCUCUGUGGGGAUCGCACUAUAAUUUGUUAUCCACCACGAGGCCUAAAAUAUGGCCAUCGGCCUUGAAACUAUGGCCGGCCUCUUAAACCCCUGUGUCACAAUGAGCCCGGUUUCUAGGCCUAGGCACGUCAGAGGGAUUUCUGACUUUCUCUACUCGCGCGGAUUUCGAAAUGGAAGCAUUUAAGGUACAGGGCUAUUCCGCCAUGGUGGUCGUCGAAGGAAAGGGGUCGUCUCCCACACGGUCACUCUCCUUUUCGACCCCCGUGUACAUACCAUACAUACCUAUCUAUCUAUCCCAGACUAUCCUUACGCUGUCAGCGGUCUGUCAUUCCUUCACUUACUCGAAUUAUAACGGCACGGCUGGUACCGUGCCCAAGUCACUCCUUUAGUUGCCCAUCGAGGGCUGGAACAGAGUGAGGUUGAUCCUCCUCACACAUUAGAUCGUUAUGUCUUUCAUUGAGGGCUGGAAUCAGAAGCCUUUCGCUACUCUCACACUCUCUGUCUCAGGUGUCCUUGCGCUUGCCGACCUGCAUGGUAUUGCCGAACGGACGGUCAUCACGGGCGGGGCCAGUUGGAUAGACAUUCUACUGCUAGCCCCGGGGAUUCACUACCAACAAGCCGCUGAUGACCUGUUCCGCAGGGGCGGCGGCGCCGCAUCUGUUGUCGAUGUUGUCGACGAGUUCGAGGGCUCUGCCGUGACCUUCAAGCUCAACAACGCUGCCACCGCCACAUACAUCCAAAGCGUGGCCAAGCCCGGCGAGACGGUAACUCUCGACGUCGGUCGUGCCAUAGAAGGCCGGGGGCGGUACAAGCUGCACCGGUCCGAGAGCGGGGACGAAGCCACCGCGUGGAAGGAGGGUAAGCCACCGGGCAGAGGAAUGGUUUCUCACGCGCUCUACCUGGCCGGCCCCAUCCUCACCCUCGCCGCCAUCGUCUUCAUCGUCAUAUUCAAAGACUGGUGGGCACUCAUCCUGAUCUUCGCCCUCAUGGUCUCGCGCCUCCUCAACAUCUGGGUGAUCAAGCAGCGGGCGGCCGAGUCCAACAACAACAGCAAGGACGGCCAGAGAGCAUCCCCCGACAGCGGCAAGGGGUCAUCACGGUCACAGUCGACGACACGCAGCAGCGGGCGCGGGCCGGGGCAGGGGCAGGGGCCGGCGGCGGCGGCGGCGGGCAACGGCCCGGAGCGGCACCGCCGCCUCUCCAUCUCUGCCACGCGCCAGCGCAUCUCCCAGUUCCUCGUCCGUCUCAAUGAUGCUGAACACCGUACCCUGGUCCGUCUGCGUGGUAAGGCGGCCGAUAUUCGUGAUAUCACCGCCCGUAGCUGGCUCCGGCGCAAGACGCAGGUGGAGGGUUACCUCGAGGCCAUCGCCAAGCUGAUCGUGUACCUGGUGGCGGCGCUGUCGGGCAACAUGACCCAGACGGGCUCCCUAAUCAUGAUGACGCUGCUGCUGGUGACGGCGGGGAUGCUGGCGCUCAGCAACGCCAGUGCCAAGAAGCUCGUCGUCAACGGCGUCGAGGUCGGGGUGGCGGCUGAUGGUGCUGAUAAGAAGGGUGGUGCUGCUGGUGGCGGGAAUGGGAAUGGGAAUGGUAGGGGUGGCCUUCCUCCUUCUGUUGUUGCUUUGCAGGGUGGUCGGGGGCGGCCGAGGCGGGAUAAUGGGGGCGCUACUGCGGCCGUCGUGGACCCGAGAGAGGGGAGGGCGGCGGCUGGCCCGAGUGGGAUGCGCGGAGGGGGGAAUCCGGCUGAUUUAGCGGAGAGGGGGCAGGUGGGGCAGCCUGGGCAUGUUCGGUUCAAGAAGUGAGAAGUGAUGCAUCAGGGGAUCGGUGUUCACGGAGAGACAUGCAGUCAGGGGUUGGUUGGGCUUAGAGACAUCAGGGGUUCAUAGAGCAUUGUAAGUUAGACGGGAUUGUUGUGUAUAGACUUGGCUGGCUUAGUAGAUUAUUUUGCUUUUUAGCAUCAUAUACUACCUACUCAUUUCAG